AUGGCCAGUCUCCGUCUCGCUCGCGCAAAGAUCUUGGACACGCGCCGAGCAUCCGCUCCUAGACACUUCUCCUCCUCCUUAAUCAUCAUGUCCGGGCAGAAAUACCGCGUAGAGCGUGACACGUUCGGCGAGCUCCAGGUGCCAGCAGACAGGUACUGGGGAGCGCAAACGCAGAGAUCGUUGCAAAACUUUGACAUUGGCGGUCCCACCGAGCGUCUCCCCCCUCCCCUCAUUAAGGCAUUCGGUGUCCUCAAGAAGGCUUCGGCUAUGGUCAACACUACGUACGGUCUCGAUCCCAAGAUCGGUGAUGCUAUCCAGAACGCUGCAGACGAUGUCAUCUCCGGAGAGCUCAUUGACCACUUCCCCCUGGUUGUUUUCCAGACCGGAAGUGGUACGCAGAGCAACAUGAACGUUAACGAGGUCAUAUCUAAUCGCGCGAUUGAGGCGCUCGGUGGCGAGCUGGGCUCAAAGAAGCCCGUACAUCCCAAUGACCAUGUCAAUAUGAGCCAGAGCAGCAAUGACAGCUUCCCUACAGCUAUGCACAUAGCAGCCGUAACCGAGCUUCACCACUCCCUGAUCCCAGCUCUCACUGAACUGAGGAAUGUCCUAGCUGUGAAGUCGGAGGCUUUCGCGCACAUCAUCAAGAUCGGACGCACACACUUGCAGGAUGCGACUCCUCUGACACUGGGCCAAGAAUUCAGUGGUUACGUCCAGCAGGUGACUAAUGGAAUUGAGCGGGUCAAGGCCGUUCUCCCGCGCUUAAGCCUCCUGGCACAGGGAGGCACAGCGGUGGGAACUGGCCUGAAUACGAAGAAAGGCUUCGAUGUAAAGGUUGCAGCGGCCAUUUCGCAGAUCACAGGUCUUGAAUUCAAGACCGCACCAAAUAAGUUCGAAGCACUGGCAGCUCAUGACGCGCUAGUAGAGGCUCAUGGUGCCCUCAACGUUGUUGCGGUCUCACUCAUGAAGAUCGCCAACGACAUCCGGUACCUUGGAUCUGGUCCUCGCUGCGGAUUCGGUGAACUGAGUCUACCGGAAAACGAGCCUGGCAGCAGUAUCAUGCCUGGCAAGGUCAACCCCACACAGUGUGAGGCACUGACCAUGGUUGCUGCACAAGUCAUUGGCAACCAGACUACAGUCAGUGUGGCGGGUGCACAAGGGCAAUUCGAGCUGAACGUCUUCAAGCCGGUUAUCAUCAAAAACGUGCUGCAGAGCAUCCGUCUUUUGGCUGAUGGUUCGCGGUCAUUCACAAAGAACUGCGUGGUCGGAAUUCAAGCUAACGAGAAGCGGAUCAACACACUCCUGCACGAGUCGCUUAUGUUGGCUACUAUCCUGAACGGCCACCUAGGCUAUGAUAACGUUGCCAAGUGUGCUAAGAAGGCGCACAAGGAGGGAACCACGCUGAAGGAGGCGACCGUGGCUUUAGGCUUCCUGACGCCGGAGGAGUUCGACGACAAGGUUCGACCAGAACUGAUGUUGGGGCCUGACGAUGCAUAG